UCAGGCUGGAUAAUUUGCAAUUAUAAGCUUUGAUGAUUGGACUUGCUAUAAUUAGUUAAGGAGAUGAUUAAAAUCCAAGUUGUUGAAGAUGACGCACGUGCAAGGCACGUGCUCAUCGCAUAUAUAUAUAUUUCUCUCUCUCUCUUCCAUUUAGCUUUUUGUGUUCAAAAACAGAAACGUGAACCGAAAGGCUCCAUCCGGCGCCAUUCAUUGAUGAAUCGGUCCUUUUCCAAUCCUGAUCUGAUUAAGAUUUUGAUAUUGUUCGUAUUCGGAUUCCUUUUCGCAUUCGAAUCGGUGCUGGAAACCGAUGCCAUGAAGGUGCACCCGAUGGCGUCGAAGCGGAACAUCACAACCCGAGACGCCAUGUAUUCAUCAUCUUCUUCUUCCUCUCUGCCGGAGGGGAAUUCCCUGAAGCGGCUGCGGCGGCUUCCCCACGUGUUCGGGAAGGUUCUGGAGCUGCCGUUUCGCUCCGACGCCGACGUCGCCGUGGAGGAGACCUCCGACUGUUUCCGCUUCGUGGCCGGGGCCGAGGGGAGCGGGGCGUUCUCCGGUGCCGUCAGGGCCCACGUUGUGGAGAUUCACCCUGGCGUCACCAAGAUUGUGGUUCGAAGUGGCGGCGGCCGUGGUGGCGAGGAGGUGGUGGAGUUGUUGCUGAAGGAGCUAGAGGUGGACGUGUGGCGUUUCCGGCUGCCAUCGGGGACGCGGCCGGAGCUGGUGACGGCCGUGUUCGCCGACGGCGAACUGAUCGUGACGGUACCCAAAAGCCGAGAGUUGGCGGCUGGAGAGGGCCUCGGGGGCUUCGGACGGCUCGUUCUUGUGCAGUAGUACGAAACCAUAAGAGUCUGGCUUACCAAUAACGCUUCAAAAUGCAGAAUCACAAAAACCAUAUACGCUAAAGUUGGCAUCUUCGAAUGAGAUAUCGCAUUUUGAAUCCCCGUUUUGGCUCCAAUUCUGUUGAGCAGAUGACUUUGUUUGAACGUUCUUAAUUAGCUCUUGUUUAUUUGUGUAAGAUCUGUUGAGCAGAUUCUGUACCUGUAUGCAUGAGAGUUUGCUUUGUAGAUUCGUAAUGUCAUGUUUUUU